AUGGGAUCUGGUGAUUUAAAUCUACUAAAAUCUUGGAACCCAAAACUUCUUAAGAAUAGACAAAAAGUAUGGGAAAGGGAACAAGAAGUUAAAAGAGAAGAAAAAAAAUUCAUACAAAGACAAAAAGAAAUCAAGAGAGAAAGGGAAUUAACUGAACUGAUUAACUCAACAAGAGAUCCUGACCUAAAAAAAAACUUAGUGAAAAAAUCUAAACAUGGCUUAGAAUGGAUGUACAAUGAUAAAGAUAAUUUACCUGAGGAAAAUGAAGAUUAUUUAUUGGGUAAAAAAAAAUUGGAUACCACAAUAAUAAAAGAUAAGGAUAAUCAAAACUUGUGUGGCAGUAAUAAUAAUAAUGCCACAAAAAAUCCGUUCCUAACUUCCUCUGUUGGCACUGGUGUGUCUUUAAAAUCUGAAAUACUGUCUGAUAAAAAAUUUGAUUAUAGUAAUGAUGAUCCCAUGGCAAAAUUAUUAUCCAACCCUAAAAUGGGAUCACACACACCAAGAAAAAUUACUAAAAAGAAAACACAGACAAUCAACAAAUCAAAUCAUAAAUCAAUAUCUAAACAAAUAACUCACCAUAUCGCAUCAAAAAAACACAAUUCUUUAGAUUAUUAA